UGUGCUCGGGAAGAUGGCGGCGCGCGGGGUCCUUGAGCAAUCUGUGAGGGAAGGAGGUAGCAAUGGCAGCGGCAGCCGAGCGCGCGCGGACAUGGACCUUUUGCUGCACCCGGAGCUGCUCUCGCAGGAAUUUUUGCUGCUUACGCUGGAGCAGAAAAAUAUACCAGUUGAAGAAGAAGUGAAGGUCAGUAAAGAAGGCCUUACUGAUCUUUAUGUUCAACAUGUUAUACCCUUGCCUCAGCGGAACUUGCCUAACUCAAGAUGGGGGAAAGUGAUGGAAAAGAAAAGAAGUCAGAAGGUGUUGAAAUAUGUCAGUGAGAGCUCGGCUGCUGUGGAGAAUCUAAGGAAACGGCCUCUCAUUGUGUUUGAUGGUAGUUCAACAAGCACAAGUAUAAAAAUAAGGAAGACAGAGAAUGGAGCUGUUGAUCGUCUAAAAUUACUUAUAUCUGGAAGCACCAGUACUACUUGUAGAAGACUUUCAGAUCCUUCAGAUUCGUCUACAAGUGCAUCAGCCUCUAUUUUAUCACAGGACGUUAAUGAGGCCAAGAAGAACAAUAUUAUAAUUAAUAAGAGCAAUAUGACGUCUAGUCAGAAGAUGACACCUUUAGUGCCUGCUACAGGACCUACUGUUGUAAAAUUAAAGAGAACUGCUCCAAAAGAAGAAUCAGAUGCAGCAAAUGGUCUACGACCUACUGAAGCAAAAAAGAAGAUCCAGCAUGUAACAUGGCCGUGAAUCCAUAAGGUGCUUGGGAUGUAAAUAAUAUUUUUGAACUCUUAAAUCAUAUUUAACCAGGGUUGCAGAUUGCAGUGGAUUUCUUCAUAAUGUUAACAGCUACACAAUAUAAAGCAGAACUAUCUUCUCUCCAGUCAUUUUAAGAGUAUUUCCUGUAUUGCACCUUGAUUUAUUUACUUCCCUUCUAAUGGUUGGUUUGGGGACAACAAGAUUGUUCUACCAGUCUUCAUUUGGAAUUGUCAAGUGCACUAUAGGUCAGCCCUGCAUGACAUCAUAUGGAAAAUCUGUGUGGUUAUAUAACCAUUCACACUCAACUGUACAGCAGCAGUGAUUUCAGUAUAUACAAAUUCCUGUACAUGUGUAUUUGGAAAUGUGGAAGAUAGUGCUUCCGUGUUCCGCUGGACUUCCCAUGGCAACUGACUGGAUUUAUACAAAGCAAUUCUGUUGAUAGGCCUUAGGAUACGGAAUAGAAAAAUAAUUCAAAUCCUUGGGUGUUAGUAUCCAGUAUUUAGAUGACAUCUGGGAAUUGUUCAGCCUCCUAUGAGACUGUUAUUGCUUUGAACAGAUUUAGGGAAAGCAGCUGAACUAUGUGAUGUCUUUGCUUCAAAUUGAAGUUUUUGUUGUCAUUAGCGAUAAAUGGAUUUCUUUUAUCAUUGGAGAUAAACAGAAGAAAGCACUGUCUAGUAGGCUGUAUGUAGUAUAUAAAAUGUUUCAGAGAGAAAUGUAGGGUGUGAGUUAAUACUGUGCUUUAAAACAGUACAUGUAUAAGUAUAUUACAUAAUACAUAUGUGGAAGACACAUAUUUGGAAUGAGAGGGAGACUCGUACUGGGAAUAAGUAGUGGAAGUUUGCAAACAAAUCUUCCCUCUUUCCUUUCUGUGAGCAAACACGGAUUUCUUUGAAACUCCAUGGAUUCUCCUUGUAUGUUGUAAAAACUUUCUAAACUGGAUGUGUUAUAAUCAUAUUCCCAUAAACAUCAUUACAUCCUGGCAGCCAUUGGAUGGAAAUGUAAAAGUUUAUUUACUCAGAUGCUCUGAAGAUGCUGGCAACCUCUCAGUGGAAUAUUUUGUGGCAGUUUAGUUUCUAGAUGUGUCAAUUUGAAACCAUUCACAUCUUUUUAAAUAGAAUUGGUUUGUCGUAAGAAUCUUCAACUUACUUAUAAAAAUAAAGAGCAAAAACAGCCAAAACUAACUAAACUUAAGUGUCAUUUCUUGCAACGGGAAAGUUAAGUAUGUUGUUUAACUCUCUUGUUGAUAUCAUGGGGGACUCAUUAAGUUGGAUCGUCUCCAUUCUGAGGACUUAAAAAUGAUAUGUUUGAAGUGUAUUUGGGCUGGAUGAUUGAAUACUUGUGCGAGUUUUGUACUUUGGUACAGCAGUUUUAAUAUUGUGCGUUUUGUAUCUAAAUAGCUGUCUUUUUAGUACUCUUAUCUAACUUAAAUAAAUUUGAGUUAAAAGUAAUCUCAUAAAUUGUAUAGAUCAUCUUUGUAAUUUUGUUUGCCUUUGAGGUUAAUUCGUUUGGGAAUUAUGUGUCUGCGUGCUCAUAUGUGCAUUUAUAGUUAAAUGUGCCUGUACAUACAGAUACUUUUAAUAAAUCACAACCGGGUUAUUUCUAGCAUAAUCCUUGUUCCAGCAGGGGCUUUCAAGUAUCCCUUUUUGUAAAUGGCAUAACCUGAGCCCUAAACAUGAGUACAAAAUUUGUAAAAUACAUUGGUCUUUUCACCCCAUAACCGCUACGGACAUAUUUCUAGUGAUGAGGGUCACGAUAUAGUUGUGAGCUACAGCCAUCUAAAAGCUCCUUUCAUUUAUAUGGUCAGAUAAUUCAAUAUAGCAAGAACCUGUCAGAGUCCUGCCAAAUAGGGGUGCACCCUAAAGAACCACUUUGGAUUCACAUAUUUAAACAGCUUCAGGAUUAUUAGGGGAGAUUUGGUCAUUGUUUCCAAUGAGAAAUGCCGCUUCCAGGUAUCUGGGGGCCUGGGGGUCCAUUUUCUUCCCUUAUCCAAAUUUGCAAGGAACCCUCUGCUAACCAUCCUCUCACGAUCCCCCCCCCUCCAAGUUUCAGGGAGAUUGGACUGGGGGGGCAUGUUAUGGCCCCCUCAAAGAAGGUGCCCCUGUUGACCUCCAUUAUUCUCUAUGAUGAAAAUUGGGGAGAUUCUUAGGUGGCUAGGGGUGGCAAUUUUAAGGAAAAUGUACCAAACCUGCAGGGGAUCUUCUCCUAACCUUCCUCUCAUGGCUGUCCAAGUUUCAGAAAGAUUGGACUUUGGGAAGCCAAAUUAUGGCCCCCGAAGAAGGUGCUCCU